UGGCUUCAGCACUACUCCGGAGGCAGGGCGGGAAGGGGCCAGAGCCGGGGACCCGCCGCGCCCGCCGCCAAUCCUCCCCCCGCGGGGCCCCGCCGCAGUCACGCGAAGGGCCGUGCGGAGCGCGUCAAGCCCGGGCCUCCAGCAGCCCGAGGGCUGAGUCCGCUGCCCGGGGCCCCGGUUUGCCCCGUUCCCGCCCCGCGCGUCGCCGCCGCGAUGCCCGGGGACAGCCGAGCCGCGGGGACGCAUCGCUCGCGCCCGUCGUCCUCCGAGGAGCCGCCUGACCUGGAGGACCAGGAUCUUCUCCUGGCAGCUGCCUAUGUUUCUGAUGCCCAGUACAACAGAAACGUUCCGUUUGAGACAUCCCCUCAGGCCAUCAGACUUUACCAUUUCUAUAACCACUGGACGAUGCGGGCAGCAACCUACUUCUUCAUCUGGGUCGACCUCGCGCUUGCCCUCUUUGAGGAACCAGCCGUGUUCCCGCUCCCUUUCUUGGUUACCUCAAUAGCAGAAGUGCUCUGUCUGACUGCCUUCUUUGGGAGACUUGUUCACUUUGCAAAAGUCACUCCUCAGAAGGUCUUCUGGAAGGAUACAAAAAACAUCUGCGUCAUGGUAACCAUAGUGCUGACCUUGAUUGACCUGGUCAUCUAUGCGUCCCUGGAAGCUGUUAACAUCCGCGGAGUUCGAUGGUCAAGGGCCUUGAGGCCAGUCUUCCUCAUUAACUUCCCUGAAAGUCGUCAGAUCCGAAGGGCUUUCCGAAGCAUCCGGAACACUCUACCUGACGUCCUCUACGUCUUCCUCUUGUUCCUCUUCAGUAUGAUGAUUUUCUCCCUCAUGGCCUUGAAGCUUUUCGGGGACAGGGGUCUCAGAACGGUGGAAGGGUCGCCGUACUUCACCAACGUCCUGGACAUAGCGUUUGAGCUCUACGUGCUGGUCACCACUGCAAACAGCCCUGACGUCAUGAUGCCUGCCUACGAGCUCAACUGGUGGUAUUCUCUGUACUUUAUCACCUACAUCAUCAUCAACACCUACCUCUUCAUGUCCGUCUUUCUGGCUGUUGUCUACAACAACUACAGGAAGCACUUGAAGAAUGAGAUUCACACACUGGCAUACCUGAAGCGUCACAAAAUGACGGAAGCUUUCAACAUCCUGAAAGUCAAGGUGGGCACAUCGUUUGUGGUGAAGGAGGCCCGGUGGAGGCAGCUGGUCAAGGUCGUGGCUCCAGACAUCAGCAGUUCCCACCUGGAGCUCCUGUUGAGGAUCUCCGACGAGGGACAGACGGGGCACGUGGACAAAAUGAACUUUCUACGCUUGGCUGACCUCCUCAACAUCCGGGUGGUUGCCAUCAACAUCAAGAGACACCCACUGGAAACUUGGAUGCCUCGGGUAUACCAGUCGUCCACAAGCCUCUUGGUCCAGAAGAUGGUUCAACACAGGAUUUUUGUCUGGGUUUACGAUGUCAUCAUUCUAAUAAACACCAUAUUCAUUGCUUUGGAUGAGAAAGACUCCUUAAUUUCCUACGCAGAAUGGCUUUUCCUUUCUCUGUAUAUCAUUGAGAUUCUCCUGAAAUUGUACACGUAUGAACCCAGAGCUUAUUUUGGAAGGAAUCAGUUCUGGAACUGGUUCGAUACGGUGAUCAUCAUCGCAGCCCUGCUGGCCACUGUGGCCAACACCACCAUUCAAGCGAGAAAAUACAACAGUCAGCAGAUACUGGAUAUUGUCUUGAUUUUGAGAAUACUCCGGCUCUUACGGGUCAUCGUCAGCAUCCAGAGGUUCCGGGUGAUCGUGACCACCUUAAUUAACAUUGGCCCCACAAUGCUGACAUUCGGCGGCCUGGUCUUGGUGGUCUACUAUGCGUUUGCCAUCAUUGGGAUGGAAGCAUUCCACGGCAAAGUGCACUUCUUGGACCCCGGUUCUGGCAGUCCUGAUGCCCUGGUAUGUGGGAACCCAGCCUUAAAAGACUCAGCAUUUGCCCGAGGCAGGUACUGCAAGAACAACUUCAAUGACCUGGCGUCCUCACUCAUCCUGCUGACGGAGCUCACCGUGGUUAACCAGUGGCACAUCCUCGCGGAUGGCUUUGCCCUCGUGACACACCAGGCAGCAAAGCUGUAUUUCAUCGGCUUCCACGUUGUGGUCGUCAUUCUCAUCGUGAAUAUUUUCAUAGCGUUCAUCUUGGAGGCUUUUUUUGUGGCGUAUUCGUUAGAAAAGAGUGAAGUGGAAACUGCUAUUGAGAAGAAGAUUCAGGAGCUUGGAGUGGGGGUCCAAGAGGAAGAAGUGCAGGACGGGGGGCUCAUUGACCACAUGGACACCAAGGACAGUGGCUUCAGUGCGGAUGAUGGAGACAACAGAAAGAAGGCCUUGAAAGGACUGUACUUUAGAAUUGCAUCAAAAAAGUACAAGACGGUGGACACUUUGUUGCAGCAGAUGUUUGAGUCUGAAAUAGCUCCAGAGGGUAAAGACCCUUCCUUGGAGGAGAUUCUGAACUUCUCACCCAAGAAGCCCAAUUUUGAUAACAGUGCCUGAUCCCGAGCCUGGAAACGUCUACGACUGGAAACCAAGAUAAGCUAUAGUCACUGUUCGCGUUUCCUACCUAGAGGUUACUUUCUCAGCCCGGGUUCCCAUCUGUGUUUUGAUAAGAUUGUGAGUCGCCCUGGCCAUCCUGAGUCGUCGGCUCUGUGUGGUCCCACUGGGGUUAUGCUUAGAGCUGAUCAUAGAAGUAAGGAGAGGAAAAUCUAUAAGGAGUUUGUAGAGGGCAUUGCUCAUACAUGUAAGUCCUUUUGAUGGAUAUAUAAAAGAUUUUCUUUAUUUUUA